AAUCUCCUUUCAAUAACUUUUUGUGUUCCUUGAUUUAAAGUGAUAGUGAAUUAUGGUAUUACAAUUAUUAAGAUAUUUUAAGUGACAAACGAAUGAAUUUACUUAGUUUAUUUAAUUGCAAAUUAAAGAAAUUUUAGCAAUAGAAUAUAGUCGAACAUAACGUUUGAUUAUAUACAUACAUGAAAGAUUGACAGUGAUUUCUAACAUACGAGGUUAAAUGGUAAAGAUGACAUCUGUAGAUGAGGGGAAAAUAAAACAAAGUCUAUCGAAAUAUCAAAAUGCUGAUAUCACUAAAAAACAUGUCAUGAAAGUUUUGAAUCUUUAUAAGGGUCUAAAAUACAAUGUAGAACCAUUUGUAUUUAACGAUGGAUCACAUAAAGAAUUGUUUAAUUUACAAGGAACAAUACCUGUAUCUUAUAAAGGUACUUAUUACAACAUUCCAAUAUGUAUAUGGCUGAUGGACACACACCCUAAUAAUGCACCUAUGUGCUAUGUUAAGCCUACUGCUGACAUGAAUAUUAAAGUGAGCAUGUUUGUUGAUCACAAUGGAAAGAUUUAUUUACCAUACCUUCAUGAUUGGUUACCACAUUCAUCUGAUUUACUUAGCCUAAUUCAAAUAAUGAUUGUAACAUUUGGAGAACAACCACCUGUUUAUGCUAAACCACGGAGUAUACAAACAAAUUCUAUACCUUAUCCAGUACAACCUUUCAUGCCUGUACCUGCAAGUGGAACACAUAUUCCUGGUACUAAUUUUCCACCAUAUCCACAAAACUCACAGUAUGCAGGUGGAAGUAAUAUUUAUCCUCCAUAUAUGUCUACAACAUCUUCUGGAUUUCCAUAUCAAGGCUCAUACAGUUCAUAUGGAGGAAGUACAUCAAAUUAUCCAUCUCAAGGAUGUACUGGCUCUUUUCCAUACCCUCCAUCAACACAACCAUCUCCAACAGUACCUGCUACUGCUGGUGCAUCAGGUACAAUUACUGAAGAACAUAUUAGAGCAUCUUUGUUGUCAGCAGUAGAAGACAAAUUAAGACGAAGACUUAAAGAACAGUUCUCACAGUUGUUAGCUGAGCUAGAAACGUUACGUCGAACGCAACAAGAACUUUCAAGCGGAUCUGAUCACCUUAGCGAAUUGUUCAGUAAAUUAAAGAGGGAGCAAACUGAACUUGAAAAAAAUAUAACUAUACUCCAAGAUAAAGAAGCUGAAUUGGAAAAAGAAAUUGCAAAACUUUCUGACAAUCAGUCUAUAGACGUUGAUGAAGCUGUGACAACGAUCGCACCACUUUACAAACAAAUGUUAAACGCAUAUGCGGAAGAAGCAGCAACGGAAGAUGCUAUAUAUUACUUGGGUGAAGCUUUACGUUGUGGUAUCAUAGAUUUAGAUGCAUUUUUAAAACAAGUACGACAACUUUCACGCAGACAAUUCAUGCUAAGAGCACUUAUGCAACGCUGUCGCCAAAAAGCAGGAUUGGCUGGUUAAUCAUUUUACUCAAUUUUUAUAAAGUUGCUCCAUUUAAUAUUUUAUUUUAUUACAAACGAUAUAUGCAAGACGAACUAUGUAAAUUCCACAAUAAUAGAGAUAU